AGCCCGCCUGCGCGCCCGCCCGCCCGCGCGUCCUCCCGCCCAGCCAGCCCGGGCCCGCGGGAUUGUUAGAUGGAACACGGCUCCAUCAUCACCCAGGCGCGGAGGGAAGACGCCCUGGUGCUCACCAAGCAAGGCCUAGUCUCCAAGUCCUCGCCUAAGAAGCCCCGUGGCCGCAGUAUCUUCAAGGCCCUCUUGUGCUGUUUUCACACACAGCAUGUUGGCCAGUCAAGCUCUUCCACUGAGCUCACACACAAGGAGGAGGCCAACACCAUCGCCAAGUCUGAUCUGCUCCAAUGUCUCCAGUACCAGUUUUAUCAGAUCCCUGGGACCUGCCUGCUCCCAGAGGUGACAGAGCGAGAUCAGGGACGGAUCUGUGUGGUCAUAGACCUGGAUGAGACGCUGGUGCACAGCUCCUUUAAGCCGAUCAACAAUGCUGACUUCAUAGUGCCUGUGGAGAUUGAGGGAACCACGCACCAGGUGUAUGUGCUCAAGAGGCCGUACGUUGAUGAGUUCCUGAGACGGAUGGGGGAGCUCUUUGAAUGUGUUCUCUUCACUGCCAGCUUGGCCAAGUAUGCUGACCCUGUGACAGAUCUCCUGGACCGGUGCGGGGUGUUCCGGGCCCGCCUGUUCCGGGAGUCUUGUGUGUUCCACCAGGGCUGCUAUGUCAAGGACCUCAGCCGCCUGGGAAGGGACCUGAGGAAAACUGUCAUCCUGGACAACUCGCCUGCAUCUUACAUCUUCCACCCAGAAAAUGCAGUGCCUGUGCAGUCCUGGUUUGAUGACAUGGCAGAUACAGAAUUGCUGAACCUGAUUCCAGUCUUCGAGGAGCUGAGUGGAGCGGAUGAUGUCUACACCAGCCUUGGGCAGCUGCGGGCCCCUUAGCCUUCCUGCCCCAAGAAAUGGCCAUCCCAACAGGGGACUUUGCUACACUGUGCCUUUGUGGUCAGCCUGACUGACAGGGUCUGCAAGUUGCCAGGUGUGCUGGACUAAAGCUGUAGGGCAGCCCACACAUAGAGCAGGGACCCAGACCCAGAGCUCUCUGCACCCAGGUGUGUGUGGGGGGGUGUGCGUGCGUGUGCGCAUGUGUGUGCGUGUGCCCAUCCGGUAAACUAUGGUUCAGGGUGCCCAGUGUCCAGUAGGAGGAGAAGCUGAAAGAUCAAGACUCAACCCAAGUCUUUUGUCUCCUUUCCUGCUGUCCUGUGGGCUACUGAGCUUUACAGCCAUGAAAACUAUAGUAGGCUCCCUUGCCAGACCACAGCCUUUCCUCAGCAUCACAAGAGCUGUGCCAAGGAGAAAGGAGAGGCCAGAGGCUGCUUUUGGAUGCCCAGGGCAUGUUCGCAGACCCACCAGGUCCUGUGUCCUGCGGGCUGCUCCUGGCUCCAGCAGAACGCCUGCCACGGGCACUUCUGUGUCCCCAGGCUCAGCGCCAGGCCAGCUGUCUUCACUCCCAAGCCAUAGUCUUACUCCCAUGGGAAAGGAGGUCUCUCUGCCCUGGAGUAGGACAGAUAGCUGGUUUCUAUUCUUUUAAUUCUUAAAAUUCUCUUUCUAAACAUGGCGUGGUUUGUAUCUGGCCGAGCUGCAGUCCUGGGCCUGAGGUUCGUGUGGGAAGGGCUAGGGUACAGGGAAAAUGCAAAUGCUCAAUGUCUGUCUCCUUGCUUGUAGAUCCCAAAAGUGCUCUUCAGGGAUUCUGUGCUAGCUGAUGCAAGGACAUUAGCUCCAAAGGCUGGGGGGGCGGGGCUCUCCCUUUGUGUCUUCCCCAGUGUCCUGUCCUGGCUAACUCUUGCCUGUUCUGGCCUCUAUCCUUCUUGGCUGUUUCUCUUCCUCUCCAGGGCCUGGGGACAAGGACUUACCCAGGUUGUAGGUGUUGCUGUUACUUGGUUUGCCAAUGCCCCCUGCUUCUGGUGACAGACUGAGUGAGGGUCCUCAUGGCCCUGUACUCUGGGCAUCUGCAAGCUCUCAAUCUUAAUGCUUUAAAAGUAGUCACGGAGUGGAAGUUUCCCCAGAGUAGAAAACUAAUGGGAAAUGUCACUGUCAUUGGGAACACAAGGAGCCCCUAAGGAGCCUCCACCUCAGCAUCACUGCCUUAACUGAGUCCUGCCCAGGGUUGGGUAGGAUUCUCCUCCCUCCCUCUGAGGUGGGCAGGAGUUCCUGCUUCCCCUGGAGGCGGUCAGCAUUUGUGGGUUGGCUCAGGUGUGGUCACCUCCCACUCAAGAGUCAAAAUAUUUUCUAGUUUCCACACACUAGGUCCUGCCACGGGUUUGAGAAAGUCUGGUGGUGGAGCUUGGUGUCUGAGUGGAAGCUGGCUGGCAUUCCUCCAGCGUUAUGCAGACUUCCUUGGCCCAAAGCUAUGGAGCCUUGUCUUUCACUUCUGUGACAAAGACAGGCCGUUUCCCCAGCAUCAUUUGCUUGUGUCUGUGGGGUCCUCCCAAGGUGAGCUGAGGGCUCCAGGUGCUAGCCAGGAACAUGGGAGUUUGGCUGUGGCUUCAGGUCCAGGCCUUGGUCUCACUGCCAUCCUAAUACUGCAGGAAGGGAUCUUCUCACAAGGCUACUCUGAGGGCUGGUCCUGACUAAGCAAUAAGAGCCUCAGAGUUGAUGAAAUUUUAAGGUCCCUUUCUGACUUCUUGGUUCUCCAUGCUUUACCUGUGACCAAAACCCAGUGUGGCCUCAUGGGAGCCCCUGCUGCUGUGCCAUGAAACCCCAGUUCUAGGCCUGUCUGCCACCAGAAUCCCUCUUACCACCUGCAGUCUGCUACAGAGAUGCCACACCAGCUCCUCUCUUCCCAAACCUAAGCAGGAUCUACCGUGGUGGACCAGAGUCAGCUAGAUGUUGUAUCUUCUAUCCCCGUGCUAGUUCCGUGUUUUAGGAGCAAGUGAUGCUGGGGAGGAGAGUAGGGCAAGGUUGAGGGGAGCCAGCUCCUGAAGCCUGUCACUCCACUGCCACCAGCCCACCCCAGUGCACAGUAGACUACCUGACUACCGGACCAGGUGUCUGCACCCACUCAAAGCCAUGCCAGGAAUCUGCCCCCUGCCAGGUUCAGCUCUCUAAGGUGCCUCUUCAGGGACACAGGGUGUGUCUGAUUGGGCUUCUCAUCAAAAGCCUGACGUUCCUGUCCCUCUUAUAGGGGGAGCUUUGGACACAGGGCCAGUUCAGUAAUGGGCCAGGUACGGGUGUCCACUCUGCACAUUGUAGAGGGGGCACCGUAGGCCCAUGGGCCCCUCAUUAAAGGAGUUGAGUGAAUUCGCCUUCAUUUAACCAGGGACCUGUCCCACUCCCUCCUGCCUCCCAAAGAUGUUUGUGUAAUUGUAUAACCCCCUCUGUUAACAGUGGCUCAGAAAAGCUUUGUACUAAAAGCAUGGGACCCUCACAGCAGCCAUUCCCAGGAAAUGGGUCCCCUGCAGGUCCAUGCCCUGCCCUGUUCAGAGGCCUCUUGGCAGUGCAGCCCAUUUGUGCUGUCCUGCAUCCAGUGUGUCAGCCUGGCCAAGUGUGAGAAUGGUAAGCCGUUUACCCUUUGGGCUACUUAGCCACGGCUACUCUUCAGUUCCUUUUUAAAAAAUAGCUUAGUUCUCCCCCAAACCCCCCCCCCCCACACACACACAAGGUUUCAUGAAUCCCAAGCAGGGGCUUGAACUCCCAUUUAACCAAGAAUGAUCUUGAACUGAUCUCCUGCCUCCACCUCCUGAGUGCUGGGGUCACAGGUGUGAUCACCUUGCUGGCUUAUGAGGUGCUGGGGACAACCCAGGGCUUCAUGCGUGUUAGGCACGCAUUCUCCAGCCAAGCUACGUCCCCAGGCACUCUUUCUAGAAAACAUCAUUAGUUAAAAACAUUCAGGGGAGAAGAGGUCACAGGUCAGGCCAGCUGCCCCAUCCUUUAGUACAGGGUCAGCUCCAGAACCACCCUGCUUCGUAAGCUGGUGAUUCUUGCCUGUAAUUACCCCAGAUCUGCCUAAUUCCAAGAUGCCAUUUGGGGGAGGGGUCUGACCGGGCUGUGGGAUCCUAGGCCACCUUGCUUCAUGAUUUGAUACAUUUGUUGUAUUCAAAAACUUGAACUGUAGGAUGCCAUUAAGAGUCUGUUUAUAUUUUUGGAAUAUUUGUAUUACAAUUGUUAAUAAAGGCCGGUUUAAAAACCUA